UAAAUUUAAAGCAUAGACAUUGUCAUUUUAUUGAAGUGAAUGUACAAACAUGUUCAAAUGAAAAGCAUUUACAUUCUUAAAAGAAAAAGAAUUAGUUUAUGUUUGUUAUUUGUAACAAAAUAAGUAGCACAGGUAUUUUGUAUAUAUAUUUUAUGCCAAAAAAACAUUAUUAAGUAGCCUAGCUAAAGAUAAUUUUUCCUUAAUGUAUAGCAUAUAGUAAGAUCCUUGCCGUAAAUGUAUGAAACAUUUUUUUAAUUAGUAAUAUGCAAUUUUAAAAACUUAAUUUGGACGACUUUAAUGGUGAUUUUCUCUUUGCACCCUCACAUUGCAGAUAUUCAAAUAGUUGCAUCUCGGUCAAAUAUUGUCUAAUCCUAACAAACAGCAGCUUUCAGAUGAUGUACAAGUCUCAAUUAUAUAAAUGUACCCAUGUGACUGGUUUUGCGGUCCGCGGUCACGUUUAGUUUCCCAGUACAGCGGACCGACCGAAUGAACGCCUCUCUACAAAUGGCCGCGCGGCCCUGACGCGUUCCACCGGGGAGCCGCGCAUGCGCAUUAACCGCGUCCGAGAGCCCGAUACAAGAUGGCGGAGUCGGUGGGGAGGGAGAGGCGGAGGCGGGUCCGAACCGAAUAGCGCAAAGCCUAUUGAGGACUCCGAUCAAACCUCUCCAAGACAGGACAAAUGAGGAGCUAUGACGAGUGAAAACCACGGAACAAUAAAGGCAGACUCGGCUAUGGUCAUGUCGCCCACCGGGUCCACGUCGCAGGCGGCUCCUUUCUCGCCAUCAACCAGCAAACCCAUCCAAGAGCUGCCAGAUGAGCUGAUUCAGGCUGGAUGGGCUAAGUGUUGGAGUAAGAGGGAGAAUCGGCCGUACUACUUCAAUCGAUUCACUAAUCAGUCGCUGUGGGAGAUGCCUGUCCUCGGCCAGCAUGACGUCAUUUCCGAUCCUCUGGGCUUGAACGCUGCUCCAGCCUCAGGUGAGGCGAUAAGCGACGCUGGUCUGGGCAACGGUCAGCGUAAAAGACAUCCAUCGGAGGAUGCUCAAGCAGGCCCUAACAGUUUCAAGAGGCCAAAGGUGGAGAUUCCAGUCACUCCAACCACUCCCACUAUCCCGAUUUCUCCCAGCACGCCAGGGGUCAAACCCUGGGCCAACACCACAGAUGAUAAACCAGGCCAGACCAGCGUACCUGCACCGGCUCCGUACCGGCCCUCUGUAGUUUAUUGGGACCUGGACGUUCAGACCAACGCUGUGAUCCGCGAGCGGGCCCCGGCGGCCCACCUGCCCCCACACCCUGAGAUCGAGUUGCAGAGAGCUCAGCUCACCACCAAGCUGCGGCAGCACUACCACGAGCUCUGCUCCCAGCGCGAGGGCAUCGAGCCGCCGCGGGAAUCCUUCAACCGCUGGCUUUUGGAGAGAAAGGUGGUGGAUAAAGGUCUGGAUCCGCUCUUGCCCAGCGAAUGCGACCCGGUCAUUUCCCCAUCCAUGUUCAGAGAAAUCAUGAAUGACAUCCCCAUCAGACUAUCUCGUAUCAAGUACAAGGAAGAGGCCAGGAAGCUCUUGUUUAAAUAUGCAGAGGCGGCUAAGAAAAUGAUCGACUCCAGAAAUGCAACUCCCGACAGUCGGAAGGUGGUGAAGUGGAACGUCGAGGACACGAUGAACUGGCUGAGACGAGACCAUUCUGCCAGCAAGGAGGAUUACAUGGACCGGCUCGAGCACUUACGGAAGCAGUGCGGCCCUCACGUGGCAUCCGUGGCGAAAGACUCCGUCGAGGGCAUCUGCUCGAAGAUCUACCAUAUUUCUGCAGAAUAUGUGCGCAGGAUCCGCCAGGCUCACCUCACUCUGCUUAAAGAUUGCAACAUCUCUGUGGAUGGCACGGAGUCGACGGAGGUCCAGGACCGGUUGGUGUAUUGUUACCCAGUCAGACUCUCCAUCCCGGCUCCUCCUCAGCCGCGCGUUGAGCUGCACUUCGAGAACGACGUGGCUUGUCUGCGGUAUAAAGGGGAAAUGGUGAAGGUCAACCGCGGUCAUUUCAACAAACUGGAACUCUUAUAUCGGUACAGCUGUAUUGACGACCCGAGGUUUGAAAAGUUCCUAUCUCGCGUGUGGUGCCUUAUCAAAAGAUACCAGGUGAUGUUUGGGUCAGGGGUGAACGAAGGGUCGGGUCUGCAGGGUGCGCUGCCUGUUCCUGUCUUUGAGGCUCUCAACAAACAGUUUGGAGUGACAUUCGAGUGCUUCGCUUCUCCUCUUAACUGCUAUUUCAAGCAGUUCUGCUCCGCUUUUCCAGACAUCGACGGCUUCUUUGGAUCUCGAGGGCCAUUUCUCAACUUCUCUCCGGCCAGCGGCUCAUUUGAGGCCAACCCUCCGUUCUGCGAGGAACUCAUGGAUGCCAUGGUGACGCAUUUUGAGGAUCUUCUGGAACGCUCCAGCGAGCCGCUGUCCUUCAUCAUCUUUGUGCCAGAGUGGCGUGACCCGCCGACCCCUGCCCUGACACGGAUGGAGGCCAGUCACUUCCGGAGGCACCAGAUGAUCGUGCCCGCUUUCGAGCAUGAGUACCGCAGCGGCUCGCAGCACAUCUGCAAACGAGAAGAGAUGUACUACAAGUCUGUCCAUGGAACGGCAGUCCUUUUCCUCCAAAACAACGCUGGCUUCAGCAAAUGGGAGCCCACCACGGAGCGAAUCCAGGAGUUCCUGGCGGCGUAUAAGGUCUCCGGCCGUUCGUUGCCCUCACCUGGUCCUCCUUCCACCAGCGCAGGAGACAAAGACUCCAAACCGGUCCAGGAGCGGAGCUCGGCUAGGAGUCAGGACAACAGCAGUCCUGUUGACAAGACUGCUCCGGACACAACAAACACUUAGACCGCGGCGCUGGGCGUGUGGCCACGUGUAUGUAUGUUCAUUGGAAAGAGUCUAUGAUUGUACGAGAGGUUUAUUAUUGCGCUGUUGGGUUUAGAUGGGCACUGGGCAUGUAAAUGCUCACGCGAGAAGAAAGACCCAUAUUUGUUUACUUUCUUCCGCCUCUAUUAUUUAAUAUUAUUUGUUUUAGGUUUUUGAGUUUUGUUAUAAUUGUUGGGUUUUAUAUCAGUGUAUUGAUAGUUUGGUCACAUUUUUGUUGUCUUAGAUCUUUUUUUACUUUAUUUUUUUUUGGCCUUUUUAGGGUGAAUCUCAUUAAAAUGUCAUAUUUCGCACCAAGAUCGAAAGAAAAAUAUUUAAAGUAAGGAAAAAUAAGAAAGCCUUUUUACGUUUUUCAUUAGCAUUUUCUUCAACAGUCGUGCAAGUCUUUCCAUUUUCAUUGGAGUUUUUGUAGUUUCUAUUAUUCUGAAAGAUUUUCGACUUUCAUUGCAUUAUUUUUUUAUACAGUAAUUAUUUACUGUAUUACAGUUGCUAUUACAAUUAUAUUUAUACAAAAAAAAAAAAAAACUGAAGUCAGCCUAAAUUAAAUGAAACGAUGCAACGUGUUAGCACUGGGGUUUUACUACCUAAAUAUAUUUUGCAUUACGGUAGUAAAUUAUUUUAACUCUUUUUCGUUAAUGUGUAUAUAAAAAAAAAUAUAUAUGUAUACGAUUGCAAAAACGGAACAGUUUUUAAAUAGGCUUCGUAUUGUUAUAAGCAAAAUAACAUGGCAUAUUUCUUUGAUUUUGGGUUGAAAUAAGACAGGCUUUGUGAUAUUCACUCUUGAACUCUGUGCGUUUCUCACUGGCGGGAUAAUGAAACCGUCAAUGAGUUGACGCACCAAUGCUUGUAUAUGGUUAUUGUUUUAGAUGAUUCAGAAGACGAUCGGCGAUCAGGCAGCUAUGUUUAAAUGCCUUCAUCCUGACACGCGUUAGCGUUAGCGCUUCUCGACGUUAAACCCGUUCAAAGGCGUUCCUUUCGGAGUUGAGAGGUUAUGUUUGGUUGCUUCACGUCAGAAUAUAUAUAUAUUCUUUAUGUAAUAACAAAAGGUCAGUAAAGAAGCAGGAAAAAAAUAUUUAUAUUCUAGUUUCCACUCGGUCAUCCAUCUGCGGUGAAAGCCAGUUCGUUUCUAAAAUAUUGUACAGAACACAACAGCUGAAAUCGUUGGACCGUGAGGAUUUCUUACCUCCGAUGCGUUCUUGGUUUCUGUACAGUACAAGCCUGUCCUAAUGUGGCAUUCUGGGUCACGUCAGUUGUAGCAUUUAGGUCUAGCAAGCGGGAAAAGAAAAGUAAAAUUUCUUAUUAGUUCUGAAAGCAUUAUUCCGACUGUUUGUGGUGUUUUAUUGAAAACGAAUUAGCUCGUUAAUAUGGCGUACGCCCCUCGUUUUUUCUCCAGUGAGUCUACCUCUCAUAUCGGGUGUUUUUUUUUUUUUUAUAAUUGAGAGCAAGGACACCUGGAAAUUCAAACAAAGCAGUAAAUGAGUGGCUUACUCUUUCUUUAAUAACUGCAUUGGCGUCCAGUUAUUAGUAUUGGUUGCUAUUGCCUUGAUUUCACCAUUUUGUGAAAAGUGCUUUAAAAAAAUGACUUGUUUCGUUUUUUUUUUUUAUUCUAAUCAGAAAUUUGUUUACAUGAUAUUGGUUUAAAUUGUAUCACUGGGCAGCGUUUUGAAUGUACAUUUUAAAAAAAAAAAAAAAAAAAAAGAAAGAAAACGUAUUGAUGGCUCUGUUGCUACAAUUGGACUUUAAUUGUUGCGAUUAUUAACACUACAAUGGUGGAUCUUUAUUUUUUUGGUUCAUGUUUUUGACAUGCUUGCACGCAUGUAGAAGUUCAUAUCACUUUAUUAAACCCUAUCACUUCCAUCUGUGAGAACGUCUAGGUUUUGUUUGCUUAUUUUUAUUGAGUGGACUACACCGUCUCGUAGCCAGACUUGGGAAAUGGCUUUUAUAUUAAGUUUAAAAGCAUUCCAGCGGUUUGACGCGUAUUGUUUAAGCAUUGGGCUCUUGUUGGGUUUCUUAAUCCCAGAGUGGAUCACCAGCAAAACUGUAGAUGUUGUACAGAACAUGGCUAUGAAGUUUGUCGUUUUCCUACACGGCUCACGUGCGUUUUAUUUGGAAAGCAAACAAAAGAUGUCUUUUUCACCGCGCUUUUUGUUUAAUUUAACGUUUUGGUUCUUAAAUAACUGUUUAUGAAUUAUAGAAUUUAUGAAAUAGUUGUUUUAAACUAAACCAAAGUGUUAUUAAAAGAGGAGGAAUUUAUCUUGUAUAUUAAAGUAGAAUCGUGUACGAUCGCAUCAGUAAUGCAUACAGUGUAACCAGCAAAAACAUCCAUUCAUAACUUUAUUUUUAUAACUUUUUUUUUUUUUGUUCUUUGUUUUCUUACAAAGGUAUGUUUGGGUUUUUAUUUUGCAUGACCUUAUAUUUUUCAUUACAAAAAAAAAAAUUAUAAAUUGUACAGAUCUGUAUUGUUUAAUUAGUCGUACGCUUUGCCACACUAGGCUUUUAACCGAUUUGUAUUUAUCAGUCAUGUUGAUUGAUUUAUAUUUGGUCGCCAUUGCGUUUGUUGAUUCAGUGUCCUCUAAAAUGCCAUGAAUGUUUCCCCUGUAAUCUUAUUCUGAUAAAGACAAAGAUUCAGUGAAUGUAAAUAUGUCUGUGCUUAUAUAAUUUUUCUUCUACCUGUAUAUUAUCAGUGUUGUGGCAUUUCCCCAUCACCUAAAGUGGUAUAAAAAGAUUUUCCUCUGAAUCAGAAAAGCUCUCAGUAAAAUAUUGAAAUCAUGCACCGAUCUCUGGCAUUUUUAUUGUAGUUAUUUUACUUUUUUAUUUGCAUAUUUGAAGUGUCAUCAGAAACUCUGUACAGGAAGUUGUACAUUAAAACUGACAAAAAUUACCGCAA